CUCAGUGAUGUGAAAAUGACGUGAAUUAAUUGGUAGCGGCAUCAAGUUGAAUAGCGGCUAGUGGUUGGUUAACGUGAGCCUUGCGCUAAUGACAGCAGCACUGCAUUGGACAAGGACAGUCCAAAAGUAACAUUCGCUGCCUGUAAAAUUGGAUCGCAACUGUCUAAUGCUCACCGGACAGCCAUGCCGGCAAGCUCUAUGGAAGGUCUUCUCUGCUGCCUUCCGUCAAAGUCAACCAAUGUUGUGGUGCCUGUGGAGACUUUUGAACCUACCAACGGUUACGAGUUCAUCGAGGUGAAACCAGGCCGCGUGCUUCGUGUUCGACAUAUAAUCCCUGAGCGGCCGGUGGUGGAGCAACCCACAGGGCAGGGUGGGUGCGUCAGCUGCAAGAGGAGGAUCUCGGUCUUCUGCAAUGGACAGUUGUUCAUCGAGAAUCUGGGUGACAGGGCAGCUGAGGAGCAGAAAACCCGCAGCAAUGGUGACACUGUAGAGGUUGAACUAACAGGUUGCGGCAACUCUUCGCCGCCCGCACGAGUCCCCGGUACCGGGGCGGACUCGGUCAUGGCAGGAAAAGCCGUGACAGCUGAGAUGGGAACUGGAGGGGACGCGCCCGCCGCUUCGCAGGCCGGAGCGUUACAGGACCGACACAGGCGGAAGCUCAAACGCACUGUGGUGAUUGACUGCGAGAGGAAAAUAUCAGCGUGUAAAGGGACACAUCCGGAUGUCGCCCUGUUCUUCAUCCACGGUGUGGGAGGCUCUCUAGAUAUCUGGAGAAGCCAGUUGGACUUUUUUUUCCGAUUGGGCUAUGAGGUGAUUGCCCCCGACCUGGCAGGCCACGGGUCCAGCUCGGCGCCUCCAAUAACCGCCGCGUACACUUUCUAUGCCCUGGCAGAAGACAUGAGACUUAUCUUCAAGAGAUACGCACGCAAGAGGAAUAUUCUCAUCGGACAUUCUUACGGGGUGUCAUUCUGUACGUUCCUGGCCCACGAAUAUCCGGAACAGAUCCACAAGAUGGUGAUGAUCAAUGGAGGUGGCCCUACAGCGUUGGAGCCCAGCCUCUUCUCUGUCUUCAACUUGCCUUCAUGGGUGCUUGACUGCCUUUCUCCACUGCUCAGCUGGAGUUUUCUCAAGGCCGGAUUUGCUCGUCAGGGUGCAAAGGAGAAGCGGCUGCUGAAAGAGAACAACGCCUUCAACGUUUCGGCUUUUGUGCUGCGUGCCAUGAUGAGUGGGCAAUAUUGGCCUGAGGGCGAUGAAGUCUAUCACGCUGAGCUCACAGUGCCCAUCCUGCUGGUUCAUGGAAUCCAUGACAAGUUUGUCCCCGUUGAGGAGGACCAACGCAUGGCGGAGAUCCUCCUCAUUGGCUUCCUAAAGCUCCUGGAAGAUGGCAGUCAUAUGGUCAUGAUGGAAUGUCCAGAGGCUGUCAACACUCUCCUGCAUGAGUUCUUCCUCUGGGAGCCUACAGCCCCUCCACCACCAAAAUCCAAAGCCCGUCCAGAGACUGCCAAGGCCCAAAGGGACAACACCAAAACCGUGUCAGAUCCCGCCAAGGUCCGACCGGCAACAGCCUUGCAGGCCUCAUUGAACAGUGGAGCAGAGGUCAAGUUCGACAGAGGGGACAAAAAAGAAUAAAACGGCGGCGAUGACUAAACUCGAAUAAUAUUCCGUGUCAUCCACGUGGACUGUGAUGGCUUGAGCCGAAAACAUCCACGGAAGGGGUCCGUCCGGCUGAAGGCCGGGAGUCGUGAAGGCGGAACAUAGUCACGGAGACUUAUCAACUCGAGCACGAAGAGAAGGAGAAUGGAGCUCGAGUCAUGUGAUGAGUGAAGAUGCUUGGAGAGAUGUUUUGCCUUGAAAUGAUGCACGCUCAUCUGUUUUGGGUGACAUUUCACCAUGUGAUGCCAGAACACAUUUUGGCACAUCACCAGUGGUCCUUCGCAAAAGAGUUUUGUGGAGGUAAAAUAUGCGACUUGCCAUGUUGCUGCAUUGAGACAAAAGAAAGUAAAUGCAACAGUUUACCUCUAGAAUGUAGUUGUAAGCACAGCGUAUGACCAUCCACAGAUCACUGUGACAUGUUGAGCGGCGGCUAUUGU